CGAUGGGUAAAAUUUCUUCAUCCCGAUGCGUUUUUCUUUUAAAUAGGAACGGCUGGGGUAAUUCGUCCAGAUAAAACGUUCCAUAUUUAGGAACGCUUUUUAGAAUUUAGAAAACGUCCGGACGCAUUUACCCUACAUUUCUGAACGCACCCCAGAGUUCCCACUUGUCAGCAGUUUGACAGGUGACCUGUGAGAGGCCGACGUCACUUUAUUUUGAAACAAAUGUGUGUGCCAUAACAUUUUAGGUAUUUUAAAAAUAUAGGAGUUUACCGAGCUAUUCGAGGAAUUCUGUUGUCUCUGCUUAUUAACUUCAAGUGUUUUUUGUCUUAAAAUGAGGAAAGGAAAGACUAAGAACGUAUGUAUUGUGGUUUUAGGGGACAUAGGAAGAAGUCCUCGAAUGCAGUAUCAUUCAUUAUCUCUUGCUGAAUUGGGACAUACAGUAGAUGUAAUUGGUUAUGGAGAAACUGAGCCCAUGCACGAAAUUAAAAAAUCUCCUUCGAUUUACUACCAUUAUUUAGUGGCUCCACCAACAAUUCCACAAAGGCUAAUUAAUUAUGUAUUUAAAACAAUUUGGCAAGCACUAAACUUAAUUUUUCUACUUGUAAUUGCAAGAAAACCUGAUAUUCUUAUUGUUCAAAAUCCUCCAGCAAUUCCUGCUUUAGUUAUAUGUUGGUUAUUUUCUAUUAUUUCAAGGUGUAAAUUUGUAAUAGACUGGCAUAACUAUGCUUGUUCAAUAAUGGCUUUAAGUCUGUCCAAUGGAAAUAUAUUGACUACUAUUACAAAACAAGUUGAAUUUUUUGCUGGUAAAAGGGCAAGUCAUAAUUUUUGUGUUACCAAUGCAAUGAAAAAUGAUUUGUAUAAAAACUGGGGCAUCAGUGCUACAACUUUAUAUGAUAAACCACCAACAAUUUUUAAGCCAAUAAGCUUGGAAGAAAAACAUAAAUUUUUGACAAAAUUAGGAAGUACUUAUUCUCAGUUACUUUCUAAUGAUUGUACCUCACUAUUUACUAAAGAGACAGAUAAUAAAGUUGAACAUAAAUCCAAUAGACCUGGCUUAUUAGUUUCCAGUACAAGUUGGACAGAAGAUGAAGAUUUUUCUAUUUUAUUUUCUGCCUUGCGAGAAUAUGAGAAUCAUAUUGUUGAGGGUAAUAUAAAACAAUUGCCUCUUUUGAUUUGUUGCAUAACUGGAAAAGGACAUUUGAAAGAUUAUUAUUAUCAAAAGAUUAAAGAACAAAAUUGGAAACAUGUGAUAGUUCUAACACCCUGGUUGGAGUCUGGUGAUUACCCUCUCAUGCUAGCCUCUGCUGAUUUGGGUGUUUGCCUUCAUACAAGUUCCAGUGGUUUAGAUUUACCAAUGAAAGUUGUGGAUAUGUUUGGUUGUGCCUUACCAGUUUGUGCCUAUGAUUUUAAAUGUCUGGAUGAAUUAGUUCAGGAUGGAAAAAAUGGAUACAAAUUCAGUACAACUGAAGAGUUAACUCAGUUAUUGUUAAAUUGGUUCCAAAAUUUCCCAAAUGACAAGUUUCAAAAGGAGACUGCAGAAAAAUUUAAGUCUGAAUUAAAAACAUUCCAAAAAUUACGCUGGAGAGAAAAUUGGUUGCAGAACGCUUCUUUUGUGUUUGAAUAAUAUAUGCAAAAAUUACUUAAAAAUAAAUCAAAUAUAAGAAACCCA